AUGUCGUCUUCUUCAUCAUCGUCAUCUUUUGAUUCGUUCGGUUCCGAGGAUUACGAUGAUGCUGUUGAAAGUGCGGUUGUUGCCGCUGUUACUUUGGCCAUGAGGGUCGCGCAAGAGGAGGAGGAAGAAGAAGAAGAGAGACCGCGUUUUAGAAGAAGGGUGGUUCUUGUACGUCAUCGGGCCGAGGCACAAGAGAACUUGAUGCGAGACUACUUCGCGGAUCAACCAACUUACACCCCGAGACAAUUUAGACGACGAUUUAGAAUGCAUAAGGGUGUAAUAAGAUUGUAUGGACGUACAUACCUACAUAGACCAACAUGGACCGAUCUUCAGCGUAUAUAUGAUAUGCAUGAAAGAGUUCAUGGUUUUCUCGGUAUGAUUGGUAGUAUUGACUGUAUGCAUUGGCCGUGGGAGAUGUAUCCCACGGCCUGGCGAGGCACCUACACACGGGGUGACAUAGGUAGACCCUCGUUGAUUCUUCAAGCGGUUGCAUCGUAUGAUCUAUGGAUUUGGAAUGCUUUCUUUGGGCCACAAGGGUCUCGUAAUGACAUCAAUGUAUUCGAGUCAUCUCCUGUGCUUGAAGAUCUUAUAUCUGGUUUGGUCCCUUCAGCUUCCUUUUAUGCAAACGGUAACUUCUAUGAGAGAGGGUACUACCUAGGCGACGUGAUAUACCCCGAGUAUGCUAUAUUCAUCAAGACUUUUACCGAUCCAGUUGACGGGAAGAGAAAACUUUUUAAGAAAAAGCAAGAGUCGGCGCGUAAGGGUAUAGAAAGGGCUUUUGGUGUGUUAAAAAAGGGAUGGAAGGUCCUUAAUCAUCCGGCUCAGUAUUGGGACAAAGUACUCAUGCAAGACGUGAUUUAUGCUUGUAUCAUCUUGCAUAACAUGAUGUUGGAGGACGAUGUCAAGACUACAAUCCGGAUGAACCUUCUCUUGUACCGGGCUAUUGGGAACAAAUGA